AUGGUAGGACCACCUCCUUCAGGCAUUACAUGGCUCGAUGACGACAAAUGGAUAGGACGCGAGAUAGCAUUUGGUGAACCCAUUCCAUCAAAAUGGAGGAUUGUUCGAAAAGUCCAUGAACGCGAGAUCGUGCACACUGAAUGGGAAGGGCAGCGGUUGGACUUCAGGGCUGAAGGACGUGGUGUUUUCCUUUGCACCAAUGCCGACGGUAAAGAGGCCGUAGUUAAAGUUCGGUUCCAAAUCCCAUUCAUGGGGACAUAUUCUAGCUCCUCUGAAGAGAGAGCAAAACAAGCCAGACACGAUAUGGGCGAAAAGACUCUGUUUGAAAUUGAUGCUCUACGGUGUCUAACCAAUACCGACUGGGUCCCCGGGGGAUAUAUCGAAUAUAUCCUAAUGGAGCGGGUGCCAGGGGUCAGACCGCCCGCUUAUUGGCACCCAAUGGAUCAAGAGGAGAGGGAUCGGCUUUUAAAAGCAUUCAAGGAGGCAUAUAUUGAGUGUAUGGCUUGUGGCAGAGUACAUUUGGACGAGGGAGAACGAAACCUCAUUUGGGAUAAUAGAGCCGGGAAGUGCUACAUUGUUGAUUGGGAAGAUGCGUUGGAGACUACUCCCAAGGAUUCCUGGCACGAUAGGAAGUACAAGCAAUAUCUCCUGAAAUGGGACUGA